AUGCUGAUCUUCUGGACAAUCACGUUUUUCCUGCUGGGAGCAGCCAAAGGAAAAGAAAUUUCCUAUGAGGACCUCGGGUGCUUUUCUGACACUGAGCCCUGGGCUGGGACUGCAAUCAGGCCCUUGAAAAUUCUCCCCUGGAGCCCUGAGAAGAUUGGCACUCGCUUCCUGCUCUACACCAACGAAAACCCAAACAACUUUCAAGUUCUCCUCCUCUCGGAUCCAUCAACGAUUGAGGCAUCAAAUUUUCAAACGAACAGGAAGACCCGGUUCAUCAUCCACGGCUUCAUAGACAAGGGAGAUGAGAGCUGGGUGACAGACAUGUGCCAGAACAUGUUCAAGGUGGAGGAGGUGAACUGCAUCUGUGUGGACUGGAAGAAGGGCUCCCAAACCACCUACACGCAGGCCGCCAACAACAUGCGAGAGGUGGGCAUCCAGGUGGCCCAGAAGCUCAAAAUCCUCUCGACAGACUACAACUACUCACCUUCCAAUGUCCACCUCAUUGGCCACAGCCUUGGAGCCCACGUGGCUGGAGAGGCAGGGAGCAGGACCCCAGGCUUGGGCAGGAUUACAGGGUUGGAUCCCGUAGAAGCAAGUUUCGAGGGCACUGCUGAAGAAGUGCAACUUGACCCCUCCGAUGCUGUCUUUGUUGAUGUGAUUCAUACGGAUUCAGCUCCCCUGAUUCCAUUCUUAGGUUUUGGAAUGAACCAACUGGUGGGUCACCUUGACUUCUUCCCCAAUGAAGGAGAGAACAUGCCAGGAUGCAAGAAGAAUGCCCUGUCACAGAUCGUGGACCUUGAUGGCAUCUGGGCAGGAACCCAGGACUUUGUGGCUUGCAAUCACCUAAGAAGCUACAAGAAUUACUCAGACAGCAUCCUCAACCCAGACGGUUUUGCUGCAUACCCCUGUGCUUCCUACAAGUCCUUCCAAUCUAACAAGUGCUUCCCCUGUCCAGAUCAAGGGUGCCCACAGAUGGGUCACUAUGCUGAUAAAUUUGCUGGCAAGACAAGUGAGGAGCAGCAGAAAUUCUUCUUGAACACAGGAGAUGCCAGCAAUUUUGCUCGCUGGAGAUAUGGGGUUUCCAUAACAUUGUCUGGAAGAACAGCCACUGGUCGGGCCAAAGUUGCUUUGUUUGGAGAUAAGGGAAACAUUCACCAGUAUGAAGUCAUUAGUGGGAUUAUCAAACCAGGCACAACCCAUACCAGUGAGUUUGAUGCACGGCUUGAUGUUGGAACAAUUGAGAAAGUCAAGUUUCUUUGGAAUAACAACGUGAUAAAUCCAACCCUCCCCAAAGUGGGUGCAGCCCAGAUCACCGUGCAAAAGGGAGAGGAGAAGACAGUGUACAACUUCUGUAGCGAAGACACCGUGAGAGAAGACGUGCUGCUCACUGUCACGCCCUGCUGAACUCCAGG